UGUAACCACAGGCCUACUACAGUUAUUUCACAUCCCUACUUUUCGUUAUUUGCGCACACCCUCCCUGAAAUCCGAGCCUCAGCCUAUAAUAUCCUCAGCAGCCCACGUCCAGGCGUGUUUAAAUAAAGGAAGAGACGCUUGAGAUUGAUUGAUGUGCGCUUUAACCAUCGACUGGCUAAUCCCGAUGAAUGACAAACAGUUAAGCCAAUUGCUGUAAAGGCAAUUUAUAUUCCCAUAGUAUCUUUAUUUUGGGAAACCAUGAAAAAAAAAAAAAAACUCUGCUCAUGACACGGAGAGGGACGACCUACCAGGCGUAACGCUAAUAAAAAUCAUCUGUGGCGAUAAUCCGCUCUCAAAUUGGCCUCAAUCGGGGGAACUGAGAAAAUCUACACGCGGACUCUCUCUUUCUCUCGCGCUCUGACAGACACACACACACACACACACACACACGCGGCCAACAUUUUAAGACUGCUAUGUCGUGACCGGAGCGAUGUAAAUGUCACACGAUUCACUGGCUACUGUCAGUCCCCGGCACGAAAACGUCAAUGUUUUGAUGGCGUUUGGAUGAAAUUGUGUACUGUGUUGCCCGGCUGCUGCUGCUGCUGCUGCUGCUGCUGCUGUGGACGCGGGUUCCGAACAGAGCCGAGGGCUUCGUCCGGCUCGCUUCAGCACCUGGACAGCUCCUUUUCGCAGGGUUCCCCGCUGCGCUCGCCGGGGAAACCCUCGGCUGAGGAGCAGGAACCUGGAUCUGGAUCUGGAGCAGCACACGCAAAACCCUCAACUAGGAGGAGGGGGAGGGGGAGAUGGUACUUUAAGGGGUCGUUAUUUGAGCUGAAAAACACUUAAAAAAAAAAAAAAAGCCAAUAUGAGCUUGCCGAGUGACGAUGCUUCUUACAUUUGAGCUUCAGCCCCUCUUUUGGUUUUGCACUGAAAUCCGAGCAGCACGAGAAGUGGGAGCAGCAGCAGCACCGGUGGUGGUGGUGGUGGUGGUGGUGGUGGUGGUGCUCGUCCAAUGCAAAAGUGCUAAGGAUAGCUGCAGCCUACACACACUGCAAGCCUGCUGCUGCUUCACUUACUCUCAUCACCACCGAGGGAGACAUUACUAUCAGCAAGGGGGCAGCGGGAGACACGAUUACCCGUCAACAAUGUAAAUCUCACACAGGUUCAACAUGAAAACAGCAUCUAUCAGGAGAAAACCGCAGCACUAAAACAGCCAGAACUGAGUGUAAACCUUGUGACAAGCACCGCCACCAUCUCUCUCUUCAUCACCAAGCAUCAUGGCAAAUGCUGAGGAAGUGGAGCAGGCAGGUCUGUCAGACUUGGAGAUCAUCUCCCAGCCAGUGGACGAUGAAAACCAGUGCUUAGCUCCUCCAGUCCAGCUGGUGAGUUUUGGCUACAGAGAUCUGCCCCUUGCAGCAUUGGACCUCUCGCUGGCUGGCUCACAGCUCCUCUCCAACGCAGAUGAAGAUGAAAACAGGGAUGGGUCCAACUGGUUGAAGCCCUGCUGCGGCCGCCGAGUGGCCCUGUGGCAGGUCUGUCUGCUCAGCGCUGGAUUCAACUGUAUCCUGGUGGCGUGUGUCAUCCUGGUGGUGCUCUUCCUGUCUUUGGAGCUGCUCAUAGACACCAAACUCUUACAAUUUUCCAAUGCUUUCCAAUUUGCCAGCAUUAUCCACUGGAUCAGCCUUAUCAUCCUGUCACUCUUCUUUUCAGAGACUGUCUUCAGAAUUGUAGUGCUCGGGAUAUGGGACUACAUAGAAAACAAAGUUGAGGUGUUUGAUGGUGCUGUCAUCGUGCUGUCCCUGGCCCCCAUGGUGGCCUCCACAGUGGCCAACGGGCCCAGCAGCCCCUGGGAUGCCAUCAGCCUCAUCAUCACUCUACGUAUCUGGAGGGUCAAGAGGAUCAUUGAUGCUUAUGUGCUACAAGUCAAAGUUGAGAUGGAAUUGGAGAUCCAGCAGUGUGAGAAGACCAAGGCUGUGAGAGAAGAGCAGCUGGAGCGUCUCACUCAGAUCUGCCAGGAACAGGCUUUUGAGAUCAGGCAGCUGAGGGCCCAUCUGGCCCAGCAGGAUCUGGACCUUGCGGCAGAACGUGAAGCAGCCAUGCAGAUCCACCAUGUAUGGAGCAAACAGGGCAGGAGUUUUCAGGUUGUAGAAGGCUUGACUCCUGGGGAGUCUGACGAUGAGGGUGGCCAGAAAAACCCCAGGGAGCCUCAUGCCACUGCAGAUCCAGUUGUACGUGAUGACAUGAACAACUACAUCAGCCAAUACUACAGUGAAGCAAGCAGUGAUGCUGGAGCUUCUGGCCUAGGUGCCCGCAUCAUCACCACCGCAGCCAUUGACAUUCACCUCCCCACCAAUCCAAAUCCCAUCCAGUCAAACCCGUUGCUUGCUAUGGAGCGGGUGGGUAGCGCCGUAAGUGAUGCUUCGACCAGCAUAUCACGUUCUAGUGGCAGCCUGACAGCCCGCCCCCACAGCCUGAGUAGCCACACCCCGGUUUCAUCUAUGACAGACUGCAGCAGCAGCACAGUUCACGAUCUCAGUCUGAGCUACAGCGCCCAUCGCUGCUGCCCCCCUUCCUUCUCAGGCCAGGACCCCAGCAUGGUGGUGCAGGAGCUACUAUGCUCACUCUCUGAGGACUCCUGCCUUGCUCAAAAGGGCCUGUCAGUGGACCCUGUUAAUCUUAAGCUUCCCAGCCCUACUGGCUCAGAAAAGGCCAGCCCUGAGCUGGACAACAGAAUAAAUAUCUUCAACCGCAGGAACCAAGAGGAGAGGCGAGGCCGGGGAAGGGGUUGUGUGCUGUUGCAGACCAAGCCACUGAUUCACCUGCAGGGCAGCACCACUGAGCCAUCCCUGGAGGAGAAGUACCGGCUCCUGGGACCAGCCGAUACACCUCUGGGGCACAUGUCUGAUACAUAAGCUACAUUUACACAGAAACAGAAGUCUUUUCUCUUUUUACUGCCACAUUGUUUGGCAUUUAUCGGAACGCUUGUGGCAGGUCAAAUCUCACGAGAGGGGCCACAUAAGAUUUAUAAACGGGAUAUUUCUGUCGCUGUGUAAAUCCAAUCUUAGCCAAACAAGCUUGAGCCUUAGCUUCCAGCUAACACUGAUGCUCCUUAACUUGACGUGUUCAGAAGUCAAUAGUAGAAAUGACAAUAAGAACUCUUAGGCCCUUUGCUAUAUUGUCCAACCUGCCCUGUUCCUCCUAGAUGGAUUUUUGAAAUCACAAAUGGCCAGAUAUAGCACAACAAAGACUAUUACAUCCCAGUAAGGGGGCGUGUUCUCGGACACAUUCUUCAUCAGGAAUUCUUACUUCGAAUAGGUCCUAAAUGCACUGAACUUUACAUGAAUUAAAACCAGCAAGGGGCCAUUCAAGCCUAUACUGAACAAAACCUUUCUGAAUUCUGAACAGUGUUGCAAACCAAGACACUGUUCUCUGUUCUUGGGAUCUCAAGCAGUAAAAAGGAGUUUUCUAAUGCAUUUUUCUCGUUGUUUUGUUUCCUUUUAUUUGUAUGAUCAAUUUUAAAACAUCAGUCAUGCUGUUCUUUGUUCAAACAGCCACAGGAUACAUAAGACUGGCUUAACUGUACAAACAGUUUUUUUUUAACCUUUGCCUUUCUGUCACCUAUUUGUUUGAUUACAAACCAUUAACCAUCAUCAGAAUUUAUUGAAUAGCAUUUUUGUUUUACUUGCUGACAAAAACAUUAGUAAGGUAUAUUUGUGUGAAUGAAAUGAAAAGGUAGCUUAAUUUGACUGGAUUCUUCACAUGAAACUAGAUUGGAGUGCUUGUAGCAUGAACCUUUAAAAGAUAUGUGCCCUAAAUGGCAAGCAAAUUCUUUGCACUUUAAUGUUUACAGACAUUUUUGUAAACUUGAUAUGGAGGAAGUUAUUGCCAAAUGCCGGUGUUGUCAUUUGAAUGAAAAUAGCAGAAAUAAAAGUUAGUAUUUCCUUAACGGCUUUCACUUUACUGACUCUUGUUAAGGACUCCGAGUGACAGUCACACAUGCUUUAAAACAUCAUAGAUAUACCAUGUGGCCUCUAAUCAGAUAUGUUGCUGUCACAGGCUCCUUGUUACACGCUGCACUGUACAGCAUUAUUUCAUUAGUGUAACGUGCAUAUGAUUAUGAAAAAUCUAAAUUAUUUACGGUUUUUAACAUUGGAAGACCUGUCACAAUGACAAUGCUAAUUGGUCAAGUCAUUGUAAGUGUGUCAUGAGAGGAGUCAACCCACCUAAUUACUGUCUUCAUAUCAUUAAUUCAGAAGAUAAACUGCUGUACCAUUUUGUUGCUUGACAAAUGUUUACAAGUAUCCAGAGAAUGUUUUAAUUGUUAAUUACUAUUACGGCUGCAAUUAAGCUGUUUGGUGAACUGGGUAGUUCAUUUGCGUAACUGUGUAGAGUAUUGUUUGUAACAGCCUUAUUUAAUUAAUUUGUAAAUGGCACAGUACAUAUAGGGGAAUAUUACAAAUACUCUUGUGGUACACUGAAGAAUAUUAUCACUUUACAAGAAUUCUGUCUGUAGCUCUUUUUGGAGACCCAAAGCUAAAGACUCAACCUCUCUGGGUAACUGACUUGAUGAUUUGAAGCCUUGAUGCUGUGUUGACUCUCAAAUGACCCUCAGACUAUGGACGUAACUGGUGAUGGUGCAGCCCAGAAAAUGCAUCUUAACUCCAAGAAAAUGAUUGCGAGUAUGUAUGACACAGGUUUAACACAUAGGACAAAGAGUUAUUAUGUAUACAAUUUGAAAAUUCCCUGGCUUUUUUGUUGUUGCAUUCAUCUCAUAUUAACAUAAAACAUAACACAUACGAACUAUAGUCUCUGAACUACUCAGGUAACUCUUGGGAUACGUUUUCAAAUCACAAUAGUCCAAUGUCGAUCAUAGUUUCCCUUAUCACAUCAUGCUAGUAAAUGCUGAUGGCCAACA